AUGGCUGAUGGAGCGCAGAAAGUCCACACGUACGAAUUUCUGUAUUAUCCAUCCACAAUUCAUUACCUGACUAAUCGUGGGUUGACAGUUACACCUGAAAACUAUGCUCGAGCGGUUAUCUCACUCUCAAGAAGAUAUUCGAACACGUCUGCCUUCCCCGGAAACAAUUAUGUUGCUAUUGCUGAAUGGAUGUUGCAAGACCGCAGCAUUUUCAACCCGGAAAAGCUGGAAAAUGCUCGGCUUUUUGCAUCCAAGGCGGAACAGCCUCACGAUCUAGUUGUGGUGUAUAAUAGCCGCGAAGGCAAGUGGGAUGUGCAACACUAUAGCCAAGAGCAACAUGAAGACUUUUCGGUGGCCACCUCUGUUCCAGCAGGGGCAGGACAAAUAGUUUUCAUUCGAGGUUUUCUGUCGCCAUUGUGGGUGUCGGCCAUUGGGAGCAAAUACAGAAUUGACCCGGAAUUUUUUAGGCGACACAUGGAUUUUCUUUCUGUAGGCAUUAUUAGGCAUUCGUACAGUCUCCCAUCGCUUGCCAGCACUUCCAACAAUAUAUUUCGGCUUUGUGUAAGUACCCUCCUUCAUCGAGACGAUUUCGGCGGGCAGGACCUCCAGUCACAGCGGUCAGAUCAAUCUAGCGAGCUCAAAAUAUACAGGCGAGUACAGCUGGGAUCUAGCCGAGUCUGCUGUGGCGACUCCCUGGUGCGCGAGUACUCCACUGUUUGUUCGCGCUUUUCUGUAGUCGAACAAUGGAUCUCAUUUUGUGUCACAAGAACAGAUCAGGGGUGGGCUGUCAUUGCCUGGAUGGACCAAGGUAGGCCAUUGGAAAAAUCGCCUCCGGGGCCAUGGAUAAGCCACAUCAAAUCCAUGGCUACGCCAAUGCCAGUGCUCCAACAUCAUCCCAAGAUGGCUUUUAGAACUACCACGAAUCGCUUAGAUCCGAAUGCGAAUGCUUCUGCAGAGGUUUUCCAGAGCACGGCCGUCCUUCCCCUGCAGUAUGAUUCGUUGAUUGCGCUUGUCGAUCUGGCUCGUCUCGCACCUCACGACCCGCUUUCGAUGUGCAUACCGUUGUUCGCGCACGCGGCCUUUUCCGAAGUUCAAUUCCUGAAUCUCAUGGAAUGCAAGAUCCAAGAAUGGGUAAAUCAAAUAGCCGAAGGAGUUCCAGCUGAAUUAUUGGGAUCUCUCCAAUACUUUUCCAGCAUUCUAAACCGACACUCCCAACAGCUAAAGGAUAGUUCUCACGCACUUUCCAAGUUAGCCGAAUGGAGCCCUGAAGUGCUAAAUGGACAAACCCAGAUCCGUAUCUCACCUCCACGGCCCGGGGUAGGUACACGGUGGAACACCCCAGAGUUCGGAUCUGUCAGACACACUGGAAGUCGAGGCUCUUUUACAGCGCAAGGCCUCCUACAUGACUAUGAACAGCUCCACGAUCGUUGCAUCAGUUUGUCAAAAACUUGCACUCGAGGCAUAACCUUGGCAAUGAACAAAGCAACAAUAGAGGAAUCCCGCAAAGCUAUCGAGCAGUCUGAGCGACUCAAAAAAUUGACUCUGCUUGCAACGCUCUUCAUACCUCUUACCUUUUGCUCCAGCCUCUUGGGCAUGAACGUGGACCUCCUGGGACAGAACUCCGUGAAAUUUUGGUGGUUUUUUGUCUUUGUCCCGGAGGUCUUGAAGGUCAAGUUUGACCCUCUGCCAUUUUGCGUCAUUUGGGUUUUUGUCUCGGUGCGCACUUCACACUGGAAGUGA